CGUUUACAUGUCGCGGCCGAUUUUCGGCACUCGCGAAGUGAAAUCGCGCGUCGCCAUUACUCGGAAAGAUCCGUCGAAGGGAGACAACGAUGGGGUUGUCGCGAGACUCUCGAAGAUUUCUCGCGCUUCUGCUCCGAACGGAGUAUCGUCCUCCGAUAAGCCUCGAGGCGGGAUGUCCGUGGGUUCGGGCGGCCGGGCGCCGUUUAAACGGACCACGCAAAAUAUACAGCCGCUUACGAAGUCUAGCGGAAGUCGAGCGAAGCCAACGGAGGUUUCCGCGGCACCAGCGCCAAGAUCGUCAGCGCCGAACGCGGGGCGGAAAAAAGACAUCUCGUCGCUCUUCAGCGCGAAGAGGCCAGCGAGAAAAGUCGAGUACGCCGCCGUCCGAGGAGGCAGGGCGACGAGGGACCAGCAGCUAAAAGGACAGCCCAGCCAGCAGCAACAGCAGCAGCAGCAACCGCCGCCGCCGCCGCAGCAGCAGCAGCAGCAACAGCAACAGCAACAGCAGCAAUCGGCGACGCUGCGCCAGGUGCCGAGCGCCUCCUCGCUGGAGGCGAAGAGCGACGUUUCGCCGACUGGGAACUGGGCCGGCUCCCUGAGCAGCAAGGAGCCGGCCAGGCCCAAAGCGGCGACGGCGUCGAAGGGCCCCACCAAGGCCUCCAGGAUGCAGGAGUUGGAGCGCGAGGUCGAGGCUCUGCGCAAGGAUCGCGCGCGUCUCGAGGCGAAUCUGCGUGACGCAGCCUCCGACGCCCAAACCCUGCGGGAGCUGCGCGCCGAGCUGGCUUUUCUUAAGGAGCAGCAUAGUUUGGAGCUAGAACGUCUUACUGAGGAAAACGAAGCCCUUCGUGCUCGUCUCAGGGACGUGGCACAUUCUCCAUUGUCAGAUUCGGAGAAACAGCAACUGUUGCUAGAUGCCUCGAGACUCCAUAAUUCUGCACCAGCCUCCAUCGCCAUUCCACAGGACGAUGGUUCUGCACAUAUCACCAGUACACCCCAGGAAGGAGCUCAAUGCACUACUCCCGACUGGGACAAGCACUCUUCCAGCUCGAUGUCCGAGGUUUCGGUGGCGUGCUUGCAGGACAGGAUCUUACAGAUGGAGGAAACUCAUUAUUCCACAAACGAAGAAUUACAGGCGACUAUUCAGGAAUUAAGUGACUUACAGGCGCAACUGACAGAAUUGCAAGCGGAUAAUGAUAGGCUGACUGAGGAGAAGGGAGUUCUGUUGGAGUCACUGUGCCGUCAGACAGAGAAGUUAGAAGACUCUCGAUCUAAGGUAGACACUUUACAGGGAUUGCUUUUAAGAGAAGAGCAACCGCAGGAAGCGUCCAAAGGUUAUAAUACUGAAAGAGAGCAGAAAUUAGUAGAUCUCUUGAAAAGUGCACAAGAAGAACGAGAGACUCUACUUCAGAAGCAGGAAGAGUUGAUCAGCGAACUGAAGAGUCUGAGAGCGACUGCUGACGCAAGUGCGGCAGAGACUGAGCGUCUGACGAAAUGUGUCGAAUUACUGGAGGCUUCAGUGGACUCCGCGAACAUCGAACGAAAGCAACUUGAUAUGGAACUGGCGGAAGCCAGACAAGAAGGCGCGAAUCGUAGUAUAGAGAUUAGUAGAUUAGCGACUCUAUUGGAGAAUGCACGAGCAAAGAUCGAGGAAUUGGAACAAUCAAGGCAGCUGGAAAACAAAAGUGAGGCGGACGAAUUGUUAGACGCAGCUAGGCGGGAGAAGGACACGCUUGAAACGCAAGCGGCGGCAUUACAGGAACAGUUGGCGCGUUCGCAUUGCGACCACGAUCGAUUGAGAGAUCAAUAUUCGCAACUUCAGGAAGAAUAUAAAGUAUCCCGAAAUAACGCGAAGUCUGCCAUUGAUGAUUUGGAGUACAGAUUGAAUCAAUUGAAGGAUGAACGAUUAUCGGUGAGCACAGAACUGCAACUUGUCCGGGAUUCUCUGGCAGAAUUGCAAACACAGUGUCAACGGCAUCUGGAGGACAAACGGGAGCUGAAAGCCGCGCUAAGUGAAGCACAACGAAGAGAACGCGAGGCUCAAAUGCAUCAAUAUGAGCUUGAACGUGCGUUGGCCGAUGAACGUAAACUGCGGCAGGAGGAGAGUGCGGAAUGGGAGCAGUUUCAAACGGACUUGUUGAUGACCGUACGAGUUGCCAACGAUUUCAAGACCGAGGCUCAAAGCGAGUUGGAACGCGUAGUCAUGGAAAACAAGGCGCAAAGAGAUAAGCUGAGAGCACUGGAAGCACAACUCGAUAAGCUUAACAAAGAUAGCACUGUAGUGAAUUCCUGCAAGACACUUGAUGUCGCUAAAGAGAAAAUGGCGAGUGUUAUACUAAAGCGUGGUCGGAUGAUUUUAAAGAAGCGUUAUGACUCGAGAAAACACGCAUUACGAAAUAGCUUGUUGAAAGCCACGACGAACGGCUGGGAUUCGCAUAAAGCGCUUGAGGACGCCAAUAUCGCGAAUCAAAACAGACUUGAUUUGCCGAAUAAUAAUCCGGCUACCAUAGGCGGCGCGUCAACACUCAAGGAAGCUAUCAAAUUAGAGGACAAAUUGAUUUCCGGCGAGGAGAUUGAAUUUUGUCCCGCCUUUCGUACCGGCAGCCAGCAUAUCGAAUGCGUCACAGACGAAGCGGCUGAGUGUUUAGAUAAUGAGAAACCAUCGGAAUUUUCAAGAAAUGAAUCAUCGAAGUUUUAUUUAAACAAUUCCGAAUCAGAUACGAUUUCUCAUAAUCCAAUCAAUAAAUCUCCGAUAAUAGAAGAUUAUCCAAAACUAUACAUUACUGUCACAGACAAGUCUGAUAAAAAGUCUGAAAAAAAUACAAUGGCUAAGAGUUCCUUAUUAAAAAGUAUACGCAGUAUUCAGAAUGCCAAUGGAAAUAUGUACGGCAUUAACAUUUCGAACAGUCGAUUUUUUGUACCGAAGGAUUAUAUAUAUUCUGACAUAGAGAGCGCAAUGAAUGAUCUCAAGUUCGAGGUCGAUCCGGAAAUGGGAAAGCUGUUACAAAGAAGUUACAGCAGUCCGAAAACCAACAUGAGCUUGCCUAAUCUAGUUGAAGCCAGUCUGUCUAUAAAUAAUACAACAAGAACAACAGAUACUUUGACUGUGUCGAACGACUUGAUAAAACAAGGCGCAAACAAAGACUUCAGGCAUAUAAGAGCGCACUCAGAUUCUUCAUCUGUAUAUUUAAGAUUAAAGGAAAGCGAUAAGGCUGAGCAAAGGCAAGGGCUAUUUUUGAAAAAGCCUGAGUCAAAAUCAAGCUGUGGGAUCGACGACUCUGUCUUGAACGAAACUUCGAAAUCAAAAACAUCUGUAGAAUUACAAACCGAAAAUUGUACCGAAUUAUUAAAUAAACUGAGUGAUGAAGAGGAGGAAAAGUUACAAGAAACGAGAUUUGAGAAUCAUGGAUCCCCAUCAGAAACGUCUUCUUUAAAAAAUGAAGCUUUGAAAGAAGAAACUCUAUGUAAUAAUCAGUUAUGGACAGCAAAGCACGUGAUUAUUGAUAAUGAUCAAAUUGUGACAGAACCUCUGCAUUUCGAUGCAUCUAUGUCAGAGAGUGGAAAAGUUUUUGAUACGCUUGCAGAAUCCAAAAUAUCUAGUUUGUCUGAUGAAAAUAUUGAAGUUGAUAUAACAUCGCCAAAAUCUACAAAGAACGUAAGUACCGAAUGUAAAAAAGUAAAAUCUUGCGAAUCUACAUCAAGUGUUUCUCUAAUAAGACGGAAAUCGUAUCCGCUGUUAACACCCUCAAAAAUUGAAUAUAAAUCAAGAUAUCCUUCAUCGGUUACUUUAUCAAACAUAUCGAGAAGUAUUUUAAAUAUUAAUUUAGAGAAAGAAACGAAGAUCUCGGAAUCAUUAACCUAUUCCUCCAUCAAUCAGGAAAAACAAACCGAAUCCUCGACAUGUAGUGAGGAGUUACAAGAAUCAACGUGUCCAAAUUCGAAUGAGACGAAUCGAUUGACUCGCAUGAAGUUUCUACAAGAUAGCCUACAGACCAACGCAGACAAGAACGAUUCUGAGAUCGAGAAAGCGAUUCCCUCUGAAAGUAAACUUCACACAACGUGCGAAGAAUCUAAAAUGUCGCGAAGAAACGCGGACACGGGGAAUCAAGCCCCACCGAUUGGACUAACGUCAUCCUUGAGAGAAAAGUUUGAGACGAUCAUAGAGGACGUGGAAUUGAGAAUGCCGUCGGGACGGCGCCCGCAGAUAAGCGAGUCUUGCGACCCUAAUCAAAAAGUGAUACAACAACCGCCUACGAGACCAGUCAGCACACCAACAGAAACCCAACAAUCCGUGCUAACGAGCGUGCAACAGGAGAUCGCAGCUCGUAGGAAGGCCAAUAUUUCUCGUCAAGACUCGAGACUUUCCGUAAAAUGUUUGAUUGAGAGUAUCGAAAACUCCACGAAACAAAAAGCCGCAUCUGGAAGUCGUAGCAGUUCUACGUCCUCUCUAAAUUCGAUUGGAACUACGGAUAUUAUAUCCUUAAAAGCUCCUCUUAGGGACCAACAGCAAAUCAACAAUCUGAUCUGUACGGCCAAUUCGACAAAUAAUAACAAAACACAAUCUACAAUCACGAAGAAACCGGUAUCAGAGUCAAAGUCAACGCCUGUAGUUUUGAGUCCGGGCGAAUUGUUGGAUUCAGCCGCUUUGAAUGCCAAGGCGAUUGAUUUCGUCCGUCGAAACAGCGUCACCGAUCUGUCAGAGCGCAAGGAUCCCCUGUGCGGCUUAGUGAAAAACGGCGGGUCCAAGCGCAAUGCCUUGCUCAAAUGGUGUCAAAAUAAGACAGCAGGCUACCGUAAUAUCGAUAUAACUAACUUCAGCAGUUCCUGGAAUGAUGGCCUAGCAUUGUGCGCAAUUUUGCACUCCUAUCUGCCGCGAAAGGUGCCGUACGACACAUUGACGCCGGCGGAAAAACGACGGAACUUUUCGAUCGCCUUUUCUGCUGCCGAGAGUGUUGGCAUACCUACCACCUUGAACAUCGGCGAAAUGUGUCAACUCGAGCGACCUGAUUGGCAACAAGUCAUGACAUACGUGACCAGCAUUUACAAGCACUUUGAAACGUAAUUGAUUAUUGUUUCAUCACGUUGCCUGUCAGGCGGCUGCUAUAUCGGUUGAAUCGCGUUCGGAAUCGCGAAACGAGCGAGAAAGAACAACAGCAUCUAGUCAAGAAAAUUCUUAUAAGGACAAAAAGAAGAAGAUGCAGUAAGAGAGAUUCCGGAGAUUUGUCGAGAAUCGCUGAAUCAGCACUGCCUACUAAUUAUUAUCUCCUUGUACGCGUUGUAUAUAAUUUUUGAGAGAAUUGCGAAA